UAAUUUUUAGCUUUCUUUUUAUAGUGUUCCAUCUUUUAAAGCGACUGAUAUAACCAUCAAAUAUAUUGAAUUAUUUUCUUGAAUUACAUUAAAAACAUUUUUUCUAUCCCCUUAUUAUUUUUGCAGCACUUUAACAUACCGUUUAAGAAGAUCAUUUUGACAAGUACUGCAGAACUCGUUUUCGGUCCUCCCACCAUCAUCCGGACGAUCUUUCGCCUAGUGCUGCUCUCGAUUACGGAUAGUCUUCAUUCGGCCAAGUACUCGACCGCGCUGAUCCGUUAAUUCGACAGAUAAACUCUUAGACCUUUUACAACAACGGGAUUGCGGAAUCUCUGUCAAUAAAAUUAAUCCGGCCGUCCGAAAAUGAUUCAAAGUUCCGCGCCUGUGAUCAUAAACGUUAUUACAAAAUGUGGAUCGUCGGCUUAAGGCAGAUAUGUGCAACGUGCUAAAGCAGUAUGCAACGGAUGAGACAGCUAGACGUUACAAAAGAAGUAAGACCAGCGAACUGUACUUGGAGAGAGAAUAAUGCGAUAACUGCUCGUCAUUCGUCGCCGUUUUGCGAGUGAAGAAAAUAUCCGUGCACGAAACGCGUCCGCAAAUUUAUCUCGUCAAUUAGAGGCGAUCAUCGAUACUGGCGUGAUGUGCGUUAACGUCACCGAAGAUUCGCGAUAACGUGACGCGUUGUUCCUUCGUCACACGGGUGGAGGAGAAGAAGGCCUGGCGACGGAUUUCUCGGACGAAGUGGAGAUAUCGAGAGAUGGAUUUGUUAAAACGGUCCUCCAGGCACUUAGCAGUGAGACGCAACCGCGAUGACGACGCGACGCCUAAAUCGUCAAGAAGACUUCUGAUGGAUCGGAGAUAUCGGGUGAUAACAUCGCCCUCGUGAGAGCUCGUCAUAAUCGAUACGAUAAUCGCCGCCUAAGAAGCCGUAAAAGAAAGCCGCUCUUGACGGGAAAGAGUUAGUGUGCUUGUGGCGAGCGAGCCAGGAAGCUCACUCGAUCGGCUGUUCAGCCCAACCAGAAAUCAUGUCGAGAAUCCGAGUCCGCGGCAUAUCCGCCGCUUUAACGGGGACGUCUUGAUUGUCUGACGACGGGAAUCGUCAUUCCUUGGAAAUUAUCCCUCAUCUCGUCUGGCAGACGGGUCCACGCUAGAUUUCAGCAUCUCGCCGACAGUAUUCGAGAAUGUCCAAGAAGCAAUGGCUCGCCCUGCUGCUGUUGUUCCUCGUGUACCUGGUGCUGGGCGCUACCAUCUUCUACUUCAUCGAGAGCCACAACGAGAAAAUGAAGAUCGACGAGGAAAAAGCUGAACGCACUACGAUCAACAAGUUACUUCACAAACACUACGUACCCAGUGCAAACCAUAGUGAGAAAGAGAUUCUGCAGAAGAUCACCGAUUACUGCGGCAAAUCAGUCCACGAACCGACCGAGGAUGAGGUCGUUCACUUACGAUGGGACUACUACAACAGCUUUUAUUUUGCCUACACGGUCGUCAGCACUAUCGGAUAUGGCAAUUUGGCACCUACAAACACCCUCAGCCGCAUCUUGAUGAUCUUCUACGGUCUCAUAGGCAUCCCGAUGAACGGGAUUUUGCUGACGCAGCUGGGUGAAUUUUUCAGCCAAGUGUUUAUCAAGGCCUAUCAGAAGUACAAGUCCUAUAAGCAACGUCAGUCUUUCACCGAUUAUUCGUCCAACAAGUCGAUACCGCCCAAGACGCGUAAAACAAUGAGACUGGCUGCCCAGAUCUUUCUGUACCUGACGCCCGGCUUCAUCGUGUUCAUCUUCUUCCCGGCGAUCCUGUUCUCGUAUUUCGAGAAAUGGUCCUACGAUGAAUCGGUCUAUUACGCCUUUGUUACCCUCACGACCAUCGGUUUCGGAGAUUUCGUGGCGGGCCAGGACAAUACGAAGGGGAGCGGCCCGUUCUUCAUUAUGUACAAGAUAUUCCUGAUUUGCUGGAUCUCCUUCGGGCUGGGCUACAUCGUCAUGAUAAUGACAUUCAUCGCUCGCGGUAUGCGCAGCAAGAAGAUUACGAGGCUCGAGCACAAACUGGCGAUGAAUCUCAAGCUUACGCAGAGCAAGAUUUGGAACGAGUUUAACAAAGAGGUCGACUACCUGCGCCGCGUUUUCAACGAGUUACAGCUCUCUAAGGUCAAAAGAGUAUAUGUGAACAAGUACGAUACCGAGGAACCUCCGGCGAAAUUCCAGCGCAGUAACAGUUUUCCGAAUCUCCGAGAUUUAACAAUUGGCGGAUACACGGACGGCUUUAUACCGCAUCCACGACGACGGGCUAACAGCGAAGUGGUACCAACGGACGAACUGACACGUGUGGUGUCCGAGACUGAUCUUCAAAGGAUAGACAAGAACGCGACAUUCGCCGCGCACGCCAUAGUGCAACCAGCGGAACUCUUGGCGCGCUUGGUGAACGUCCUCGGUUACAUACCUCCACGGGAUGACUUCGAGUUGGACCAAAUGGAGAGACAGACCGACGCGCAGAAUGAAUCAGCCGAUCAAGGCGUUACUCAAUGGACAAUCGGCGGUGAGAAGUUUCCGUUUGGCAAACCUCGACCCAGAGCGGCCAGCGAGAUACGACUGCACGCGACGAGGAACGAUUCCGUUCAACGUAACAGCGAGUGGACCUGGUCCGGAGUAACCUCGACAAAGCUGCAGGAGAUGAUGAAGGAUCGCGACACGAGCAUGUCCUCAAAGGAUAACAAACCGUACAAGAAAUUUGCGUCGAUCGCAUUACCGGCGCCCAAGAACUUUUUCCCUAGAUGGAGAAAACAGUUCGCGAAUAAGAGGUCGUCGGACGCGGGUCCUAAUACGAGGAACACGGAGAAACCCGUUGAAAUAGUGGACGACGGCAAUCAGCAGAAUAAUUCGAUCGGCCCGCUGCCCUCGUACUUCAACGUGAGGCACGACUCGAUCUCGAGUAGGCCACAUUAUUACACGCACACAGGCGGCAAUCUGCCGAGUUAUCUGGAAGGUAACAAUCUGCUGGAAGAGACGAGUCUGGCGGAUUUCCUUAGAGCAUUGACCGCUCUUCACGCACGGGUAGGAACGGUUCCCGACGAGUACGUCGCCCAAGAGAAACCAAAGAGAAAAUUGGGAACGGCCUGUUUGAGCCCGCCGAAGUUACCCAGUCUCUUCACCCUUUUCUCAAACGCGCCUGCUUCAGUUUCGGCGAAUCAAAGCAAUCAGAAUACCGUCACUGGAGCGCAAUCAAGCAGGAGAAUGUCCCUCAAAUUGGCUGACAACAGUUAUUCCGGCUCCAGCACACCUUCAUCUUACAUCAGGAAGGGAAGCGUUCCUGUGAAGCCUAGGAGAUUCUCUUUGAGACCGGUAGCGACCCCAAUAAGUCCUCCCACGCCGCCUGAUUAUGAUUCACCACGAUUGUCGCUACGACUCCCUAAGAGAAUGACCGAUCGAAAUCUUCAAGAACCCGUCUCAAUGGAACCCUUCAUUUCCGUGUCACCGAAGGAACCGCUCGUGAACAUGGAGGGACCGCCUGGAAUUUCGUCACCGAUCCAACAGCCGUCCGGUAAUCAACGUUUUUCCAUAAGACCCGCUCAACUCAAUCUGCAACCGAGUCCGACGAGCACCAAGUCCACACCUACGCCGUUACACACGCCUAAACCGGUGCCGAAAUGGAAAGCGGGUAUGCUUCAGCGACAGAUCACGGAGAUGAAUCUACGUCGUCGCGCCAGGGCAUUCAGCCUAAGUGACGUUUAUUCCGACAAACCCGAGAAAACCACUCCCCCCCUCAGUCCCCUCGCUAUGGACAACACCAAAACUUUUGACAUUAGCAAAUCGACCAGUCCAAGUCAGAAAACGGUGACUAUCAUGUCGCCGGCAGAGGAGAUGAAUAUGCUAUCGAAAAAUGAACAUCAAGAUUCCACGGUAGUUCCCUCGGGUUCGAGAGACGAGCAAAUUACACCUCGGAGGGAUCAGAAAGGUGUUUCGUCAAUCAGUCCUUUCGUUCUCGAGAUUUCCAAAGAGCCGCCUGCGGCGUUAAAUGAAUCCAUGAUUUUAAGCAUGCAUAAAGAUGGAAUAUAUCCCCAAAAGGAUUCUGUACCAGUUUAUGAACCGGUUUACAAGCCACCCUCCACCGUGUUCGAGCAAAAAUUAGUAAAGUUUAACGACGAAUUGGGUAGGACACUUGAAAGAGGAAUGCAGGAGACGAAUGUGGAUUUCAAAGAUGUUCCGCUUGAAAUGGAGAAGAAACAGGAUGACACACACAUGCGUGUAAUUGAUAAUUUAAAUGCUUCGACGAGCAGCGGAAGGUCCCCAGAAUCAAGGAAGCCCAGCGUGUUGAUAGACUCGUACAAGCCAUCGCAGCAAAUGACGAUAGAGAAGCCGACGAUCAAUCCGUUCGAGCAGUACAAAGCUAUGACGAGGUCUGCUCGAAAGGAAGAGGAUACGGACUUGAAAGAAGUUAAAGUCGAGAAACCUGGUAAAAAAUGAAAGAAAAACAAAUUCGUAAUCAUGUUGUGCGAAAGGUAACGAUUAAAGAAACUGUUUUAUUUUAUUUUAAAGACAGAGAAAUUUGGAGUCAAGUUUUGUUAGCAAAAAUAUCGAGAUACUAACAGUUUUUAAGAUAUAUAAACGCUAUUUAUGAAUUUAACUAUAAUUUUUGUUAAAAAAAGAUUGACUCUACAUUUUCGCAAAACGAAUUUUUUCCGAAUUACUGAAACUUACGCGUAAGACGGGAAUCUUGCCCAUUAGAAAUUUUCAAUUCCACUACAUAUAUUGCAUGUACAAAAAAUUAUUAUUUUAUCCCAUAUAUGCUAGUACAAGAACUUUUUACAGUAAUUAACAAAUUCGUGUUUCGCUUCAAAACGAUGCAUAAUUUAUCAAGAAACACUGUAGAUAAAAGAAGUAUAAUUUUAAAUGCAUUUAUAUGAAAAUUCCAGGCAAUGUCAUUUAACAAUAAGGCGAUCAGCUUUGUGAAAGGUUGUCUGUAUCAAUGUAUACAAGUAUCUAAUUUUUCAGACUAGUCCAAUUUGUAGCAUUUUCUAAGAGAAAUCUAUUUUAUAAGAUACUAGAUAACGCUAGUAUAAUGAUAAUUAUUAGAAAUGUAAGUAAAUUAUAAAAUACGUAAGUUAUUAGAUUUUAAUUUAAACUUGAUAAGAGAAGACUGUGAUAUAAUGAGUAAGACAUAUAUAUCCUUAAUUUAACAAACUAAUAGUUAAACAAAUUACUUAGAAAACGUAGAUAUUAUGUAAAUAGAAAUAUUAAAAAUAUUUUCUAUUGAAUUAAAAUUCAUCGAUUCGAGAAUUUAUUAAGUUAGGACGUAAAUCAUGUCAAACAAUCGAAGUAAUUUACGGAUUAAUAUUUCGUAUCGCAAUUCAAACAUUGGCAGCUGCGAUCUUGUGACUUGGACAUUUAUCACAGCCAUUCGCGCGAUCAUAUUUAUUCCGCUAAAUCUUAAAAUGUUUAAAUGUAAUAAAUAAAGGAACGAGAGACGUUUUUUUUACGAAA